AUGAAUAUUGAACAUAUUUUAUUAACGGGUGCCUCUACUGGUAGACGUACAAGGCAUUUCUCUUUAAUAAAACCUCUGCAUCCAUCUAAUACAAGAGAAUCACCUGAACCCUCUUUAAUUUUAGGUUUUACAUAACCUUGGAAGGAGAACGCAUUAUAAAUAUUUGUCCGCAUUACCAAAUUUAUAAUCAAAUUGAAAUAGGCUGCUGAAUAAUACAGAUUUAAAUUAAUUACUCAUCGUAUACACAACAUUAUAGGUGACAAGGCUUCUGAUUUUAUGUAUUAUCAAAGGAAAGGAUUAGUAAAAGCACCAUUUACAUUUCUAGAUUUUAUAACUUCUAUGAUAGUUAAUAAAAUGCCAUCAUUAGAAUUUAGUGUAAUCAAACCAGAUAGUAAAUUUAAAUUGAUAAUGGAUUUGAUCAUUCUUGUACUCAUCAUAAUCAAUAUCUUCUAUAUUCCAAUGUAAUUAUCAUUUUAAUUAAAUGACAAUAACACUGUCAUUGACUUUCUAUUUAGCACACUUCCUAGUUGGGUAUUUAUAAUUUAAUAUUAAGGAUUUUCCUAAUAGAAAUAAUUCUUAAUUUUAAUACAGCAUAUUAUUCAAAAGGUAUGAUUCAUGAAAGUAGACAGAAAAUAUUUAAGCAUUAUGUACAAGGAGAAUUUGCUUAUGAUUUAAUAGUGGUUAUACCUUUUUUAAUAUCUUAAUAUUAGAUUCCUUAUAUCAAUUUUAUGUUAUUAUUGAGAAUAACAAGAGUUAAGAAAAUAUUUGAAUAAAUUGAAGAGAUAUCAUUAAUCAGAGAGAAAUUUGCAGCUCCAAUAGACAUAUGCAAACUCUUAUAUUUUUUAAUUCUAGUUUCCCAUAUGCUUGGUUGUGCUUGGCAUUUUGUUGGUUAAAUAGAAUUAUAAAAUAAUUCAGAGAAUUGUUGGUUGACAAGAUAUGGUUAUGCUGAAAAGGAUUGGGUAGUAAGAUAUAUUGCUUCAUUAUAUUUUGGAACUAUAACUGCAUUCACAAUAGGAUAUGGGGAUAUUGUUCCAUAAAAUUAAUUUGAAUAAAUGUUUGUGAUAUUAACUGUGUUAAUUACAUCAUUAAUAUUUGGAUACACAAUAUCGGCUAUUUAAUAAAUAUUUGGGUAAUUAAGAGAGAAGACUGAUUAACUUAGAAAUAAUAUGGCUACAGUGAAUUCAUAUUUGAAGAAGAAUAAAAUUAAUCCAAUUCUACAAAUGAAGAUAAGAAAAUAUUUUGAAUAUUUCUUUACUUUAGAUGAAACAUAAGAUGUAUUAAUGGAUCAUUUAAAUGAAGACUUGAAAUAAGAAUUAAAAGCUAGUAUUUUUAUUCCAAAAUUGAAAUAAUGUUAAUUAAUAAAUAGAUUUAAUGAUUCUCUUUUGGCUUAGUUGAGUAGAGUAGUCAAAACAUAGAAAUAUAUACCUGGAUAAAUUAUAUUUUAAUAAGGAGACUUUGUACCAAAAGCAAUGUUUCUUGUAAGAGGAGAAAUAGAAUCUCUUAUUAAUAAGGUCUCAAUUAGAAAGUAAAAAUAAGGAUCAUUUGGAAUUAGAGAAUUCUUUUUAAGAAAUACUGUUCAUUAUACAACCAAAGCAACUAAGUUUUCUGAAAUUGCAUAUAUUACUCAUGAAGAAUUUAUUGAAGUAGUUAAGAAAUAAUCUAGUAAUUAUGAACAAUAUUGUUUAUUAAGAGAUGAUUUGUAAUUUGAUUUAUGUCCAAUUUAAUGUUAAGUUUGUUUGAGAAGUCAUAAUUUUAUGGAUUGUCCUGUUGUUUUUUAUAGUCCAAGUAGAGGUAAGAUUGCAAUAGAUAAAGGAUAGAAUAUUAAUUAAGUAAGACAUAAUUUACAUGAAAGAAAGAAAAGGAAAUCAAAAAAUAGUUAUUUAAAUAUGGUUGAAAAAAUUGAAUCAGCUCUUGAUUUAUAAUUAGAAAAUGGAUUACUUUAAUAAGAAUAAAUUAAUUCUCAUUAUAUCUCAGAACUUGGAUUACCUACUGUAAUUGAUGAUAUUUCUAUUGAUUCCUUAACUAAAAGAAAAUAAUAAAAUGUAGUAGAUUAAUUUAGACUUUCAAAAGUUAAAUAAUUAGUAAAUUAAGGUCGUCUUUUAAAAUUAGAAAGAAUACCUUAAGUAAUAAAUGAAUUGUAUUCAGAAUUCCUUAAUAUUAAGAAGGAAAGUUUAGAUAAUUUUGAUAAAAAUGCAAACUUAUAACAUUAUCAUAUAGAUGAAAAUGUCUUAAAUGUUCUUAAGAAUUUUACAAAUAGAGAGUACAGAGUUGUAAAUAGAAGAGUUAGUAGAAUGAAAACCUUUUAUAGAAGAGGACCUCUAAAUAGAACAUGA